AUGGAUCCAGGCAUAGAAAAGACUUUGGUGAAAUUAACAGAUGAAGAUGAUGCUCUUCUUAAUGAAGCUAUCUGUAUGAGUUCAAAUGAACUUUGCAAGAUAAUAGAGACCAGUAAGGAAAGUAUAGUUGCUCAAGAUUAUUUGAGACCACAAUUGCUUGAAGAUAAGGUUCAUGUCACCAAUGGUCAGAAACACAAGAUUACUAAUUCAACAGAAUAUGUUAGUAAUAUUACAGUAACACCAAAUAUCAUAAAGUAUGAAGAUAACGUAAAAAAUAUACCAGGAGAUUUACAUUGUUUUCGCAAGAGACCUAGAGAGUGUAACAUGCAACAGGAAGAUACAAAAGUUUCUCGAAGUAGAUGUUACAGUGAUUCUAGUUCUACUACAAAUUCUUCAGACAGCAGUAAAAAACGUGUAGAAUACGAAACAGAUCCUCAAGUAUUGUCACGUAGGCAAAAGGAAAUAGAUUAUGGAAAAAAUACCAUUGGGUAUGAUAGAUACAUUCAGGCUGUGCCUAAAGAAAAACGUACGAGAGAACAUCCAAAAACACCUCCUAAGUAUAUUAAAUAUAGUAGAAGAGGAUGGGAUGGCAUGAUGAGAUUGUGGAGGAAACAGCUUCAUCAGUGGGACCCUCCACAAGAUAGUAGUACUGAUUGA